UUCCACCACUAGGUGGAGCCUUUGCGCCGUGUCAAAGUUGUAACUCCUCCAAAACGCGUCCGUCGCGGCUUCCGUACUUUGCGCAGGCUCGUGGGAUCUCGGGCAAAGAUGGCGGUCAUUAUCCUCUGCAGGGCGGCCGGUGCCCGGGCAAUGUCACGGUCACAGAUCCCGUCGCUGGCCGCCUCCGUUCCCGUGGCGUUGCAGCAGAGGAGCACACAUCAUGCUGUCAUCUCCCAUGGGAAGCCUGGGCGCUCCGCUGUCAGCGGGGUGGUGGCCACAGUGUUUGGCGCUUCCGGAUUCCUGGGGCGAUAUGUUGUCAACAGGCUAGGACGUAUUGGCUCCCAGGUUGUCGUACCCCACAGAUGUGACCCAUAUGACGUCAUGUAUCUCCGACCUAUGGGAGACCUGGGCCAGUUACAGUUCAUGGAAUGGGAUCCAAGAAACAGAGAGUCCACCAGACGGGCCCUGCAGCAUUCCCAUGUGGUGAUCAACCUGGUGGGGAAGGAAUGGGAGACGAGGAAUUUCAGCUUCGAGGACGUGUUUGUCAACAUCCCAAAAGACAUUGCAUCGUUGGCUCGAGAGGCCAGCGUAGAGAAGUUUAUCCACGUCUCUCAUCUUAAUGCUGACAUGAGAAGCCCCUCGAAGUUAUUGAGGAACAAGGCAGUGGGAGAGGAAGCGGUGAGAGAGGCUUUUCCUGACGCUGUCAUCCUGAAGCCUGCUGAGAUUUUCGGUCGGGAGGACAAGUUCCUCAAUUAUUAUGCAAACAUGCGGUGGUUUGGAGGCGUGCCGCUGAUAUCUCUUGGUCAGAAGACGGUGAAGCAACCCAUUUAUGUAGUGGACGUCGCCAAGGCUAUCGUCAAUGUUAUCAAAGACCCAGACUCUGCAGGAAAGACUUAUGCUUUAGCUGGACCCCAUCGGUAUCUUCUCCAGGACCUGGUCAAGUACAUCUUUGCCGUUGCUCAUAGACCUUUGCUGCAUUACCCGCUGCCUCGCCCUAUUUAUCAUCUGAUUGGAAGGUUCUUUGAGUUGAAUCCAUUUGACAAGUGGACGUCCCGUGACAAAGUGGAUCGAUUCCACAUUACAGACAAGAAAUACCCUGAUCUCCCCGGCCUGGAGGACCUCGGCAUCGUCCCAACUACUCUGGAGCAGAGAGCCAUCGAGGUCCUUCGCCGUCACCGUAGAUACCGCUGGUUGGAUGCCGAGCUGGACGUGGUGAAGCCGGCCACCCCUGUGAACUUCUAAGGGCACAAGUUUGUUCUUUAUGAGGAUUGACAAUUGUGCUUACACCUCCUGUGUACAUAAUAAACUAUUACUGUCUGACUGGG